CAUAAACGCAAUUUCAUUUUUCUUUUUCUUUUUCCAAUUUCAUUUCCCAAAACAAGCCCAGAUCUCUGUCAUACCUGAGCUCUCAUUGGCUGCACUAUUUUCAUCCAUCUCUCUCUCUCUCUCUCCAUCCACUACCAUUAUCUCUCCAGUCUUCAUCUUCCACUUUGAGCUCAAUCCUUGGAGCCCUUUCGCUAUCCAGGAUAAAAAAGAAGGCAUCUUUAUCCCGCGAAAAAAAAACAAAUAGAGCCACAUAGAAGAAAAACUUACAGAUCAGAAAAAGAAUUCUGCGAGGUUGAUGAACCAAUUCCAGCACCGGGAAAACCAAAUCCAGCAGAACAUGUCGAUUGGCUCCGGAUUGACCCGCUACCGCUCGGCGCCCAGCUCUUACUUCGACACCUUCCUCAACAACGACGAUGAUUUCGAGCAGCUUCUUAACCCUCGCAUUUGCAGUCCCGAGGCUCAGAGGAUUUUCGCCAGGUUCAUGAGCAGCGGUGACAGUAUGAAUCCCCAGACGCCAUCUCACAAGAAAAGGGAUGACGGUGGCGGCGGUGAUGUUGAUUGCCCAGAUUCUAAACGACCCCGGCCGCCAUUGCAGAGGCAUCACAGCCCUGAUUUUUCCUCCGUUCCUAAGGCAGUGAAUUGGGGCCAUACGGCAGAGGAUUCUGGUGUCACGAGCUCUACUGGUGGAUCUGUGGUCCCGAUUAGUUCAAAUCGGCCUGUGCAGGUGAAGAUGGAGACCCAUAGCCUCGUUCGCCAUAGCAGCUCGCCUGCAGGACUGUUUGACAACAUAAAUAUUGAAGGUGAACUUGGUGCAAUGAGAGGCGUCAUGGAGAAUGUUGGAGCUGGUAAUAUUGCUAAUAAAGAAAGGUCGUUUUCUUCUACAAGCAGGUUUAAGGGCCAACGUGAUUUGCCCCCGAGAACCCCAUCUUCCUCAGCAAAGAGGUCUCCUUUUUCUGGUUUCAGGAAUAAAGACAUUGGUGAAAACAGGUCAAAUGACGCGCAAUUUGACAAAGAUGCCCCUGGUUUCCCUUUAAACCAGUGGGAUGACUCUAUCCUGUCGGAUGAUUUCUUGAAAGGACUAGUGGAGGACGUUGAGGGAACCUUCUCAAAAGAAAAUGCCUUGGAAGAUCAGAAAAACUUAGAUGAAAAUCGAGCCCCGACUAGAUUGGCUCAUCACCAAAGUUUGCCCACAAAUUCGGCUGCAAUGGAAAAGCUGUUGCAGGAUUCAGUGCCAUGUAAGCUUAGAGCGAAAAGGGGUUUUGCUACUCAUCCUAGAAGCAUUGCUGAAAGGGUGAGAAGAACUAAAAUCAGCGAGCGAAUCAGGAAGCUACAAGACCUUGUACCAAAUAUGGUAAAGCAAACAAAUACAGCUGAUAUGUUGGAUUUGGCUGUUGAUUACAUUAAAGAUCUCCAACAACAAGUAAAGGUAAUAAUAACCAAAUGCUUUCAGAUAAUCAAGCAAAGUGCAGUUGCUACAAUAAAGGUUCAUGAUCAUGGAUCAAAUGGCCCUCCUAUUUCGGGGAAGGAAAAGCUUAAACAGCUGUGGUUAAAAGUGAGUGCUAUUGGCAUUUCUGUUUUUUAGAAUAGAAUAUGAUGUACAUAUUAAAUAAAUUUCUUCGACAUAGUCGAGAAUUAGCAUACAGUGUUUUUAAUGGAACUGACAAAUAAUUUGGAUUAAGUUAAUCAACUCUAUCCCUGGGUAAGUUAACAUGACAAUAAUGAGUUGGGAUGCAGGAUUAUGAAGACUUAAAAUUUGAAUGGAAUUUCUUGUUUCGCAUUGAGCAUAUUAUUUGUAUUUUUUUAAUUUAAUUAAUGUCUUAUCAAGAAAUGCAAGUAGACCCUCAAUUUGAUAAUGCAGUUAUUUGGUAACAUAUGAGAUAAACUUUUGAUUUGGUUACUAUUUUAGUGGA